AUGGAAGCGGAGAACCAUAACGAGCUCACGUCCAGCGGUCCGUUCCAGAACUGCAGCAGCUGCUCCUCCAGCCCAGAAAUGCUGCCUCCAGGGAACCAGGAUGACAACCCGACCCACUACCCCCACUGCCCCAGCACCGUUGCCCUCCGCCCCAGCAGCGAUACCCUCCGCUCCGGCACAGUUAUCCCCAAUAGGAUUUUUGUUGGGGGAAUUGACUACAAGGUUAAUGAGAGCGACCUGCGACACGUCUUCUCCCAACACGGAGCAGUAAAAGAGGUGAAGAUUGUCAUAGAUCGCUCAGGAAUGUCAAAGGGAUACGGCUUUGUGACAUUUGAGACCCAAGAUGAUGUUAUGAAGAUCCUUCAUGAUGCUAAAGGAGUCUGUUUUAAAGACAAGAAGCUCAGCAUCGGUCAGGCUGUCCGCAGGCAGCAAGUUUUAGUGCAAACCAAGAGUCCCCUCGUGACCUUCCUUGACUCCGCCGUGCCUCGGCCGAUGUCCUGUGAGAACACGUCCGCAGGCCUUCCUUACAUCUACCACAACGGAGUGGCCUACUUCCAGUGCCCCAACAUGAGCCCUCUCUCCCACCACUGGCCGCCUGCCCCUCCAGUGAUGCUCCCUCAGUCCCAUCAGCCUGUCUACCAGCAACCGGCCUAUCACCACCACCACCAGUGCGCCCCAAACCAGUACCAGUGGAACGUCGUCCAGGCGCCGAUGCCCCCCAGUCCGGUCGUGUACUCCCAGCAGUCAGAAUAUCUGUAUCAACCGGCUGAUGGAGGUCCCGUCCCGCCUCCUCCGCCCGCCAUGGAGGACGCCCCACCAGAGUUCACGGAGCCCCCGGUGCUGCAGGCGUACCCGCUUUACCCUCCGAGAGCCGACGGCAUGGCCCCCUUUGUUCUGCAACACGGCCACAGAAAGGAUCUGAUGUUCCCACAUGCGCCGCUCCACCUGAAGCCAAAGCACCGCCGCUUCAGCCCCCACAAGGACUACCACUACGCGCCAGAAGCAGCGGAGCCACCAGACGCCUCCAGGCUUCACACUCAGCCGCCUCUCAUGUAG